UGAUAUGCAAUUUAUAGAACAAGAACUGAAAGAUGUUAAACAACGGUGUACAGAGAAAGUGGAAGGAAGUGAAGUUGAAGCAUGUGUUUCAGCAAUGGUCAGAGUCCGAAUACGGCGGACAAAGUUUAAGGAUGUUACGGUAUGCCUUCAAUUUCCCAAAGAUUAUCCAAACAGACCGCUUGUAGUUGAGCUGAAAAGUAAAACGUUACCUGACAAACUCCUGGAUGGCUUAUCAAGAUUGUGUGAGAAAGAGUGUGCUGAGAAGCAUCUAGGACGCGAACAAGUGCUUUUGACGCUGAAGUUUGUGAGAACCUUCAUAGAUGAAAAUCCGUUGUGUGUCUGCAGUGACGAGAUAAGUCGAACAAAACGAAUGCUAUCUGAUGGCGAUGAUUGUAAAUUAAAGCAGAAGUCGGGGCUUGUGCUUCUUAGAGCUUGCCAAGGUCUAUACUUCAUCGACGUGAAACUCUCUCUGCCGGAUACAUAUCCCGAAGAGCAAGUUGGGGUGGAAUUAAGAGGCUCAAACUUUCCAAAGCUGUUCAAUAGGAUAUUUAUGGGAAAUGCUAUUGAGAUUGCCCGACGCUGUGUGGAACCUCCAAUCAAGAAAAGGCCGAAGGACCCUCCUUUUGUGCCUCAGAAGUCUCUGCUUCCUGUUACCAAGUAUCUCAUCAAUGAUUGUGUCAAAUAUUGUGCCACGCAAGUUUGUGCUCUCUGCAAAAAAGCCUGCUUUCCAGAUGAUCCAAAGAACGUAGAGAAAGGGGAACUCGAAUACAACUAUGCCGAGAAAGUUUACUGUGGACAUCUCUUUCACUAUGGAUGUAUGGAUGCCUAUAUGAAAAUUCCUCCAUUUCAAGGAGGGAAGCAAUGUCCAAAUGCUGACUGCAAGAAGCGCAUCUACCACAAUAAGUGGCGAGCAACACCGGAAGUAGCUGAGGCAAGGUGGGCUCACGCGCAGGCGAAAGAUCGAGAACUCGCAGAGGUCGUCGAUUUUCUAGUUGAUUGACGACGGGUGGCAUAAAGUAACACAUCUGUCGUUUGUUUGUUGAAACCAUCUCUAUCUAAAAUCAUGAGGAUGCAAUUUAGGACAUCUAGAGAUCUGUUGUGAUGUAUAUGAAAAUAGAAAGUUUUUAAUAAUUUCCUUCAGGUCUGGCUUUACACUUUGUGAUCGAUUGAUGGUCUAGGUUUUAAUGGGAAAUAAACUAUUAAUCAAGGUAGACAAUAUUCAAUAAUAACUAUACAUUAAUAUCUUUGGUUAUAUGGUUUCUGUAAAGUAAUAUAAUUUUAAAUAAGUCAGACCAAUGAAUUUCAAUGUUUCAUAAAUUAGUACGUGUGUAUUUAUUCAAAUAUAGUGGUAUUAGGAGUUCUCAGGUAUACUGUACACACUGUUCAUGUUAUCAAGAGCAUAUAAAGAAGGAGAGCGUACAACGGUAAAAUGCUGAAACCAUGUUGCAGUAUUAGUCGAA